AUGGUUGGAUCUUUCGACUACGUCGCAUUCCGCAGCGCUGUCACUAGCACGAGUGAGAACUUCAAUCAAGUGGCAGGUCGUGUCACAGGCCGUAUGUUCACCGACUCGCCACCAAGGAAGUGGACUGCGGGCGUCGCCCGGCGACUCUCCGCUCUCAUCGAGGCUAUCCUAGAUGGUCCGUGGACAUUGCAGGCAGUCGAGGAGAUCCUGUGCACCCACAUCCUGACUCGGAACUGGGUCGUGUCACUGAGCAAGGCUGAAACCUCGCUGAUACCUGAAGCACUCUUCACGGUCCUCAAAUGGUACUCAAGUACCCUGCUAGCUGGUGGGUCAGGGGAAGAACCCCUCCAAGACACGAUACGAAGUCGUGAGGGCCGCAUGCCCGUGCUCGUACACGAAGCGACGAACGCGUUGCCACCCGACCUCUUGCAGUGCUGGCUCCUCAAUGACAGACUGGCGGCCGUACCGACGACUGAGCUCCCGCAGAUCGUGGCGCAGAUCGACGACGGUGACAUCGUGAUGCAUAACGCUUCCCCUGGAGAAGCCCAGCAGGAUGCGCCUCGCUCAUCGGCAAAAUCUAAUGACCACGAUGCGGAGAAAGAGACAAAGACGGCGAAGGCAAUAGAGGAGGAGGGAGAAAGCGACGUCAUGGAUGACGACGUGGAUGAGUUAGAUGAAAGCGAUGUCGAGGAGCCAAAACGGGCGAAGAUGCGGCGAGAGGUGAGAAUUGAGUUCCGCGGUGAUUACAAGUGUGAUCGCUGCAAGCGCAUUGAUACGCGGGCCAAGAAGCUGGCAGCGAAGGACGGAAACGACCCCAACGUGGUCGCGCCGUCCAUGUGCACGGUCUCCGGGCGGCGUCAGCAGUGCGACUUCUGCGCAGAUGGCCGGAGAUCCAACUGCUCUGUGAAGGCAUACAUCAUCAACAACCUGGUCACCGUUGGUAAGGACCUUGUUGGCACGUACACACACGACCACACUCUCAAGGCCGGAGUGGUUGGUGUUGAGCCUGAUGGUGGGAAGACUACUAGCUCUAUGACCCGCGUGCCGUCUGGUCCGUCCCGCAAGAAACGCGUGGCCAACCUCGCAAAGCGCAAGAAUGCGGUGGUAGCGGCGAAGAAAGUCGCAGACAUUCACAUCCGUGCACGCCAGCCCCGCAUGCGUGCCCUGCCGCGUACUCCUACCGUCGCCUCAAAGGCUGAAUCAUGCUCACAUUCGGACGAUGAUGUCUCACUCGAUGAUGUCGAGACUGACGGCCUGAAGCAGGGGCGACCUCGUCUCUGCAGCCCUACUUGGGAGGAGGCCCAGGUGCAAACCCUGGCUGGCGAUGCUCGCAAACUCAGAACCGAGGUCGAUGAACUUCGCGGCACAUUGGCCGGGCUAGGUGUGAUCCGCAAUGAGAUUGCAGCCGAUCUUGCCAAAUAUCGCAGCGACAUGGAAGAAUUGCGCGCCAGUGCUGGGACGCACCACCUGGUCGCUAUAGAAUCAGGAUUAUCAGCGCUUGUCGACAGCGUCAAGAGGCAGUUGGCCGGUGUCGAUGAUCAUGUUGAGUACGACAUGCCCCGCCAAGCUGCUGGUAUGCCUGACAGAGAUGGUAGCGGCAGCGCCACAGUCCACAAUGUCGGCGUCGGACAGUCCAGCCAACAUCUGAAGGCUCACUUUGCAUAG